UAUAAAACUCAGAAAAUAGUCACAUUCUGCUGCACAAGAAAAACAAAACAAGGCAGAAAAACUAUUCGUUUAGAGGAAGAGUAGGAAGAAGAUGAUGAUGAUGGUGAUCUUCCUCUUUUCAUAAUCUAAUCAAUGUUUUUUAAUUUGUGAGCUGAUCAAUAACCGUCGGUGACGUCAUUCCAUUUCCUGUUUGUGGAAGAAGUCGGUGAGGAGAAAAAACCUGCUGAUCAGACAAAUCUGUAGCCUGUCUGUAGCUCUGCGGGUUUAUUUUCCUACUCUGUUCUCCUCCAUCUCUCCCCCAUCUCUCUCCUCUGCUCCGCAAUAGCGAUGCUCCCGCCGGGCCUGGCCGGCCUCGGUGCUCUCUCUGCGGGCUGGCAGUAGAUCGGCAGGUCGGUGCAGGUAUCUCAGUCCGUCAUGGUGCAGAAGUCCCGGAACGGCGGGGUGUUCCCCGGAGCGCAGGCCGACCAGAAGAAGCUGAAGGUCGGCUUCGUGGGACUGGAGGCCGCAGGGACCGAAUCCAGCCGGGACGGAGCUCUGCUCAUAGCCGGUGUGGUGGAGGGUCCUCGGCGGCAGCGCAAAAGUGUCUCUGGGGUAAAAAAACCUCCAAAGAGAAACGCGCUCUACAGGCGGCUGCAGAACUUCCUGUACAACGUGCUGGAGAGACCUCGAGGAUGGGCCUUCAUCUACCACGCCUACGUGUUCCUGCUGGUUUUCUCCUGUCUGGUCCUGUCUGUCUUCUCCACCAUCAAAGAGUACGAGAAGAGUUCAGAGGACGCUCUCUACAUCCUGGAAGUGGUCACCAUCGUGGUGUUCGGGGUGGAGUACAUGGUCAGGAUAUGGGCCGCCGGCUGCUGCUGCCGCUACCGAGGCUGGAGAGGACGACUGAAGUUCGCCAGGAAGCCUUUCUGUGUUAUUGACAUCAUGGUGCUGAUAGCGUCCAUCUCCGUGCUGGCAGCGGGGACUCAGGGGAACGUCUUUGCCACUUCAGCCAUCAGGUCGCUUCGUUUCCUUCAGAUUCUCAGGAUGAUCCGGAUGGACCGACGGGGAGGAACCUGGAAACUGCUGGGGUCUGUCGUCUACGCCCACAGCAAGGAGCUGAUCACUGCCUGGUACAUCGGCUUCCUGUGUCUCAUUCUGGCCAGUUUCCUUGUGUAUUUGGCAGAAAAAGAGGACAACGAACAGUUUGAGACAUAUGCAGACGCCCUCUGGUGGGGCCUGAUCACCUUGACGACCAUCGGUUAUGGAGACAAGUUCCCAAUCACGUGGAAUGGACGUCUGCUGGCUGCGACCUUCACCCUGAUUGGGGUCUCCUUCUUCGCUCUGCCCGCCGGGAUCCUGGGUUCUGGUUUUGCUCUGAAGGUUCAGGAGCAGCAUCGUCAGAAACACUUUGAGAAGAGAAGAAACCCGGCAGCUGGACUUAUACAGGCGGCGUGGAGGGUUUACGCUACAAACCUGAGCCGCACCGACCUGACGUCCACCUGGGACUACUACGAGAGAACCGUCUCCGUGCCCAUGUACAGGCUGAUUCCUCCUCUCAACCAAUUGGAUUUAUUGAGGAACCUCAAGAACAAAUCUGGACUCUCCUUCAGAAAGGACGUCCAGCCUGAACCGUCUCCCAGUCAGAAAGUCAGUCUGAAGGAGAGGGUCUUCUCGUCUCCCCGGAGUUCAGGAACAAAAGGGAAAGGUUCUCCUCAGCACGUUGGCGCUGGCGUUAUUCCUGGAGCUCUGGGCAGCGUCCAGGCCCUACGGCGGUCCCCCAGCAUGGAGCCCAGUCUGGAGGAAAGUCCAAGCAAGGUUCCAAAGAGCUGGAGCUUCGGAGAACGUAGCAGAAACAGACAGGCCUUCAGGAUCCGAGGAGCCGCCUCACGGCAGAAUUCUGAAGACGCCAGCCUGCCGGGAGAAGACAUGGCCGACGACAACAAGAGCUGCCACUGUGAGUUCGUGCCUCAGGAUCUGACCCCGGGGUUAAAGGUCACCAUCAGAGCCAUCUGUAUAAUGCGUUUCAUGGUGUCAAAGAGGAAGUUUAAGGAGAGUCUUCGUCCAUAUGAUGUGAUGGACGUGAUCGAGCAGUACUCAGCCGGACACCUCGACAUGCUCGCCCGUAUCAAGAACCUGCAGUCAAGGGUGGAUCAGAUAGUCGGCAGAGGAACACCAAUCGCAGACAAGGACCGUCUCAAACCAGCCAAUGAUGAGCUUCCUGAUGACCCGAGCAUGAUGGGACGUCUGGGGAAGGUGGAGAAGCAGGUCCUGUCCAUGGAGAGGAAGUUGGACUUUCUGGUUAACAUCUACAUCCAGCGAAUGGGAAUCCCUCAGGCUGAGACUGACGCUUACUUUGGACCCAAAGAGCCGGACCCGGCCCCGCCCUACCACAGCCCUGUGGACCAAUCAGAGAAGAGCCAAGUGGUAUUGCCUGCCGACCUCACUGAGAAGAGUCGUGUCGGGACAAAGAUGGUCCGCUCCAGCAGUUCUCCCGGACACAGGAACUACUCCGCCCCCACCUGUCCGCCCUCCACUUCCUGGCAGCCAAUCAGCUCCCAGCUCCACCAGCAGGCCGCGCCCCCUCCCCAGCGUAGCAACGGCAACACUCCAAGUCCAGUGGGGGAUGGAUCACUGGUUCGACUCCCGCCUCCUCCGGCCGGAGAGAGGCAUGGUGGGAACCGAUCGCACCGGCACAGCACCGGAGAGCGAGGGGGGGCAGAGCGACCGGAGGGUGGGGGGACAGAGGAGAUGAAGCCAGACAGCAACACCUCCAUCACAUCUGUCGACCACGAGGAGGUGGUGCGCUCCUUCAGCGGAUUCUCCAUCUCCCAGUCCCGAGAGAAGCUGGACUUCCUCAACAACGGCUUCUACUCCUCAGUCAGCCUGGGAGAGCAACGAGGAGGCGCCGCCCGCUGCGCCACCGUCCGCCCGUACAUCGCUGAGGGGGAGUCGGACUCUGACUCGGAGCUCUGCGCUCCCUCGCCACACUCAGACCAAGCCUGGACCGGAAUCAAGUAGAGCCGAAGAUAAACCAGCAGAACACUUAAAAUAUUAAUUAAAACUAUGAAACAGAUGGAGUCCAACACUUUAAAAACCAGCUGGAGCUACAGAGUGAAGCAUCAUGGGAAGUGUCACUGUCACUAUCACUGAUUGGUUCACUACUGGGACACGCUCACGUCUGAUUUCCAUGUUUAAGACACUUGUAAACAUUAUUACAUUAUUAUUAUUAUCAGCGUCACAUAACCACAUAUACAUACACAUGUGUAUAUAUAUACAUAUAUAUACACAUGUGUGUGUAUAUAUAUACAUAUAUAUACACAUGU